AAAAUGAUUUUGCAAUUUGCCGAAGAAUUAUGUAUAUUUUGUGAAGCAAGUUUAACAUUAAAAGAAGCUCUAUAAAUUCUUUGACUUGGUUUUUAUAUCAGUUACUACUACUGUACAUUGCACUAUAGUGUACUUUCCACCUAAUUAGCCAAGUAUAAUAACAAACCACCCCCCAUAUCUCUCUCUCUCUCUCUCUCUCUCUCACACACACACACACACACACAAACACACACACACACACACACACAGUGUGCCCCCAUAACUUAUAGCUGCUCCAAAGCAUUGGGUUUUGAUAUUAACUUUGUAAAAACCAACCACAUUGCACCAAUCUUGAAUUCCUCUUGAGAUCUCCAUUUUCCUAAUUCUUACCUGUUUUCACUACCAAUACACCAACAAAACACACGCACACAGUUUCUUGAAUCAAAACCCCAAAACACACACAAACAAAAGGAAGGUGAUGAAGGGUUUGUGAAGAAUCAAACAAUGGAGGUAGCAACACACAUGAAGUGCAGCAACAUAUGGGAAAGUAUAAUAGGACAAACAAAGGUGGCCCAAUCAAAGGGCAGCGAUCCGAUGACGUGGUCGAUAGAAAUAUCGUCGGAAUUGAGGUCACUUGGAAUAAGUUUGCCUUGUGUUGAAUUAGGCAAACAUUUAGUAUCACACAUUUGCUGGCAAAACAAUGUACCCAUUGCUUGGAAGUUCUUGGAACAAGCUUUAUCUCUCAAGAUUGUGCCACCUUUUCUUGUUCUUGCCUUGCUCUCUUUCAGGGUAAUCCCACAUCGGCAUUCUUGUCCAGCAGCAUUUAGACUAUACAUGGAACUCCUAAAGAGGCAUGCUUUCUCACUCAAAGAGUGCACAAAUUUGCCAAACUAUCACAAGACAAUGAAUUCAAUAGACAAAGUUCUUGACUUAUCUCAGAUAUUUGGCUUGCAAGAAAACGAAGCUAGUGCGCAGCUGGUUCUUUUCGUCUUUUCCACUGUCUGGCGGUUAGUCGAUGCAGCACUAGAUGACGAAGGAUUACUUCAACUUACAGAGAACGAGCCUAAAUGGCCUGUAAGACCACAAGAUAUGGAAAUAGACAAUGUAUACGAAGAGAAGAGAAAAGAAUACAGCGAGAUAUUGCAAAAUGUUAACACAAUCAUGGCUGUUGAGUUAAUCGGCCAGUUCUUACAAAACAAAGUGACUUCUAAGAUUCUUUACCUGGCACGACAAAACAUGUGCACGCACUGGGAAAGCUUGAUACAGCGAAUGCAGCUGCUUCUAGAACAUUCAUCCGCUCUGAGAAACUCGAAAUGUAUUUCACCGGAAAUUCUUCUGAAGUUAAUAUCGGACACUCACAAGAUUAAGGUCCAUCCAGUUGUACAAGCCACGCCCCUCGUUAACUCUGCUGGUCUCUGUAUCGGGACUAGUCAAUCUGCUCUUUGGCUUCCUCUUGAUAUGCUUCUAGAAGAUGCAAUGGAUGGUUCACAAGUCAAUGCCACAAGCGCCAUAGAAAUUAUCACAGGUCUAGUUAAGUCCCUUCAAGCAAUUCAUAUCACUUCUUGGCACGCGAUAUUUCUAGGACUUUGGAUGGCUGCUCUACGCCUUGUUCAGAGAGAGAGGGAUCCUAUUGAGGGGCCCGUGCCUCGUUUGGACACUCGUCUGAGCAUGUUGUUGUCAAUCACAACUCUGGUAGUUGCCGAUCUUGUUGAGGAAGAGGAAAGUGUUGCAGUAGAUGAGUUUGAAUACUGUCUGGAAAUCAAGCAUCGGAUUUCCGGGAAAAGGCGUAUGGAUUUGAUAUUCAGUCUUCAGAAUCUACAUGAAUAUCAAAGCUUGCUAACUCCACCGCAGUCAGUCAUUUCUGCUGCUAAUCAAGCUGCAAGUAAAGCAAUGAUGUUUAUAUCUGGCAUCACUGUUGGUACUGCGUAUUUUGAUUCCAUCAGCACCAUGGAUAUGCCAAUUGACUGCUCUGGUACCUUGCAUCAUUUAAUAGUCGAGUCAUGUAUAGCCAGGAAUCUUCUGGAUUCUUCUGCUUAUCUCUGGCCAGGUUACGUAAAUGGGCAUAUUAACCAACUACCCCACAAUGUUCCUACUGAAGUUCCUGGCUGGUCAUCAUUUCUGAAAGGAGCAUCUCUAACUCCAGUAAUGAUCAAUGCUUUAGUCUCUACUCCUGCGUCAAGCUUUGCAGAGAUCGAAAAGGUCUUUGAGAUUGCAUGCAAAGGAUCAAAUGAUGAAAGAAUAGCCGGGGCUACUAUUCUUUGUGGGGCCUCAUUGAUUCGUGGAUGGAAUAUUCAGGAACACACUGUUUAUUUCAUAACUAGAUUGUUGUCUCCACCCGUUCCGGCCGACUAUUCCGAGAAUGAGAGUCACUUGAUAAGCUAUGCGCCCAUGCUCAAUGUUCUCCUUGUGGGAAUAGCACCAGUUGACUGUGUUCAGAUUUUCUCCCUCCAUGGUUUGGUUCCAGAGCUUGCUGGUUCAUUAAUGACAAUAUGUGAGGUUUUCGGUUCAUGCGUGCCGAAUAUCUCAUGGACCCUGACCACAGGAGAAGAAAUAUCAGCCCACGCUGUGUUUUCAAAUGCUUUUGCUCUUCUUCUAAAGCUAUGGAAGUUCAAUCACCCUCCUGUUGAAUAUGGCGUAGGAGACGUACCUCCAGUAGGAUCCCAACUCACUCCAGAGUACCUAUUACUGGUGCGAAACUCCCACCUAAUAUCUUCCGGGAACUCACUCAAGGAUCCAAAUCGAAGAAGACUUGCACGAGUAGCAUGUUCUUCAUCUUCGAAACCCAUAUUUGUGGACUCAUUUCCCAAACUUAAGGUGUGGUAUAGGCAACAUCUGGCUUGCAUAGCUUCUCCUCUCACCGGUCUUGUCAAUGGUACUCCAGUUCAUCAUACUGUUGAUGCCUUACUUAACAUGAUGUUCAGAAAAAUAAACAGAGGUAACCAGUCUGUGGCUAAUGUUACAUCUGGAAGUAGUAAUUCCUCUAGACUUGGAAGUGAAGAAGGUUACCUAAGGCCUAAAUUGCCUGCUUGGGAUAUUCUUGAAGCCGUUCCUUUCGUGGCUGAUGCUGCUCUUACCGCAUGUGCUCAUGGGAGAUUGUCUCCUCGUGAACUCUGCACAGGGCUGAAAGACUUAGCUGAUUAUCUUCCUGCAACUCUGGCGACCAUUGUCAGUUACUUCUCGGCUGAAGUGACUCGUGGAGUAUGGAAGUCAGUUUUUAUGAACGGGACCGAUUGGCCUAGUCCAGCUGCUAAUCUCUCAAGUGUUGAGGAACAGAUAAAGAAAAUAUUAGCUGCCACCGGUGUGGAUGUCCCCAGUCUUGCUGCAGGAGUAAGUUCUCCAGCAGCACUUCCAUUGCCUUUGGCUGCAUUUGUGAGCCUCACAAUAACCUAUAAGCUCGAUAAGGCCUCCCAACGUUUUCUUGAUCUGGCGGGGCCCGCUUUGGAGACCCUUGCUGCAGGUUGCCCGUGGCCAUGCAUGCCGAUCGUAGCUUCUUUGUGGACUCAAAAGGCGAAGCGGUGGAGCGACUUCCUUGUCUUUUCUGCUUCUCGCACAGUCUUCCUACACAGCAACGAUGCUGUUGUCCAACUUCUCAGAAGCUGUUUCAGUGCCACCCUUGGCUUGAACACUAGCUGUUGCAUCUCGAGCAAUGGUGGAAUCGGAGCGCUUCUUGGCCAUGGAUUUGGAUCCCAUUUCAACGGUGGGAUCUCUCCCGUUGCACCGGGGAUCCUAUACUUACGUGUCUACCGCUCAAUUAGAGAUGUCAUGUUUCUAAGAGAGGAGAUAGUUUCACUUCUCAUGCAAACAGUAGAAGACAUAGUGUGCUUAAAACCGAAGAAAUCCAAAUAUGGGCAUGCUUCUUUUGCUGCAGCUUUAACUGAGGUGAAAGUAGCAGCAUCUCUGGGAGCUUCUGUAGUGUUCUUAACUGGUGGAUUAGGGCUGGUACAGUCACUAUUUAAGGAAACACUUCCAUCUUGGUUUAUGUCCAUUCACAGGUCUGAAAAAGAAGGGAAUAGAGGUGGAAUUCUUCCGAUGCUCCGAGGGUACGCACUCGCGUAUUUAGCUGCUCUUUGUGGAGCUUUUAUUUGGGGUAUCGACUCAUCAUUAUCAGCAGCUUCUAAACGAAGGCCUAAAAUUCUUGGAUGCCACAUGGAAUUUCUGGCUAGUGCUUUAGAUGGAAAGAUUUCGGUUGGCUGUGAUCCAGCCACUUGGCAUGCUUAUGUCUCUGGUUUCUUGAGUUUAAUGGUGAGAUGCACACCUACGUGGAUAUUGGAGUUGAAUGUCGAAUUGUUGACUAGACUAUGCAAAGGACUGAGACAAUGGAACGAAAAUGAGCUUGCUCUUGCUUUGCUUGGAGUAGGUGGACAUGGUACUAUGGGCUCAGCAGCUGAAAUGAUCAUCGAAACUGAGUUUUAACUUCAAUUCUUUUUUUUUUCCUCUUUUUUUUUGUAGAUCAACUAGAAUGGCUUGUACAGUAAGUAAACACAUAGCUACUAAUUCUUGGAUAAUCUAUUUUGUAAGAGAAGUUCUUACCGUUACAUAAUACCACUAUAACCAGGUGAUCUCGCGAGUUUUUCA